UAACUCUGAUGUCCCUGAAGGGCACCAUGUCGCCACUCCGCAAGAGCCGCUCCUUCAACAGACAAACACCUUUGAUCAGGCAUCUCAGCCGUCGUAUGCACAAAUUGGCGUCCUCAUAUACAAGCUUCAAGCUGACUGGUGCAAGAAACAUCCCCCAGAUACAUACACCGAACUCAAAAGAUACCGACAAGCCUCACGGAAAGUUCUCCAGACUCGUGGAGUGGCUAGAGACGACAUGGUACAUUGAGACAUUCUUCCUUCUCUGCAGCGCCGUAUGUGCAGUCCUUAUCGUCACGUUCCUCGCCAUCCACAACAACACGCCGAUCGACAGUUGGACUAUUUACUUCUCUAUCAACACGGUAGUUUCCACUCUCGGGGUGGUUUUCAAGUCGACUCUUUUCAUAGCGGUCUCUGCUGCUCUUGCUCAGGGGAAGUGGACAUGGUUCUACAAGAGGAACAGCCCUCUCAACACCUUCGAGGCUAUUGAUGCUGCGAGUCGUGAUACCCUCGAGAGCUUUAAGCUCUUGUGGCGUAUGCGUGGCCAGCAUCUAGUGUCCGCAGGAGCACUUGUCAUAGCCCUCGGUUUCAUGAUCGACCCUUUCCUCCAAGCCAUCAUAUCGGAUUACGGAUGUCUUGUUGACAUUGAUGCAUCAGCUCAAAACAACACAAAAGCUACGAUCGGAAGGUCGAAUCGUUUCGAUGGCGGUACUCAAUGCAUAAGGGCAUUAACAUAUGAGGCACCAUCAUCAAUUCUUCCGGAUUCUAUCGACUCGUCGAUUUUGAAUUCAGAUGCGAUUGCUUCUACAAACACUCCUCAGACGUCUUCAGGGGUUGGGGCGCCACUAUACUCUGCACCACCUGAGUCGGAAGUAUCGGCGUUCACUGGAGGGGAGGUAACACCAAUCAAAUCUACUAUGACUCAAGAAUCUGCAGGCCUAGAGAGGAGAGAAUCUUCGGGUGUCCAGCCUUCUUCGACACCAACACAAUCCUCGGCGACGUGGACAAACUGGACACUGGAGCAUCUCGACUUGACUCUCUCAAACACAAAUUCAUCGUGGCGUAAAGCUCAAACUUUCGCUGUUCUUCAAGCAGCAGUGGUGGCCGAUCCGAACAAAACCAUCAAUUUCGCAAACUCGCAGGCAUUACUUGCUGCGUUCACCAUUAUCAGGACCGACAAUACUCAUAGUCUGGGCACCCCAGCCUGGGAUGCUGCAAGUGCAUCAGCUAUGGAGUGUGGAUUGGAGUUGACGCUCAACGUCUACAACUCUUCCGUCAGAAACAACGUCUUGGUGGAGCAAGUUGUGGCGAGCGCUUCUGACAAAGUACCCGGGUCGUGGCUACCUUCACUCGUCGAUCAAAGUGGUGUCGACCCACACAACCUUCCAGUCGAUCGAGGAACGUAUGAGUCGAACCCGAUCUAUCAUCACAUGUUCCUGUAUCGUGAUGACUACGCGCUCGAUCCUGCCGCCUUACGAACGGAUGUGAAAGAGCAUUUCAACGUCACUCAGAGGAGUUUAGUCAGCACACUUGACUUCCUCACAUCCUUGAUACGACAAGACAACGACAACGGGACAGUAAAAGCAGUAGUUAAUACGAAUCAGCCUGUGCUGCAUACUUAUGGCAGCGCUAUUCUUCAGCCUCUUUUCAACCAAACGAACACAACCGCGACAUUCGAUGCCAUAGCGAAAAGCGUGAGCAACGCAAUCCGCAAUGUCGGCAACAAUCCAGUAUCGGGCACAGGACAGCAGUGGNUUGGCAGCAUCUUCUUUGCACUCUCGAUAAUGGAUGCACAUAGACUCGGCGUCCCGAGCUGGAAAGCUAAUAACACAGCUACCAUGUUACAUGGACCGGACGAAUUGCUUUAUCGGGACCUACGCAACAAGAAUCAUGAUCACUCGUUAGCUGUAGCUGGCGAAACACUGGCUAGGCUCGAGUGGUCUCCUAGAGGGUAUGCUCUCAUUGCUGUGGAUAGUACUGUGGCUGAGAUCUCUCGUCCCACAACCCCAGUGAGAGAUGUGGAAGAGCUUGAAAUGAGUAACCUAAAGAUCCCAACUACACCCCAGACCCCCGGUUCGUUUGUCACUCUGGUCGGACAACAGAGUGUUGGAGAAGGAAGUGAACAAGGGACAAUUCGGUCGGUGUCACCAAUUCAUCAUGGUCCUAAUUGGAGCGAUGUGCAGCUUGAUGAUUCGUCUACACCACUAAGUGUCAGAAGAAGUGUC